AUGAACGCGUCGUUGUUUCUUCUUGGGUUCCUAAUUGUUAUUUGCUCAAUUCUGGAUAUUGUUGGAACUUAUACACCUGGAUGGAUCGUAGGCAAUGGGAAUCUUCCAGUUUUAACAUGGAUAGAUGUAGCAGGUAUUCUCAUCAACCUUCCAGUUGGAUGCUAUAUAGGAAUGCUCAUUAUCUUUGGAGUCAAUACUAGAUUAAUAUGUAAUCAGGGAUUCACAAAUUCCAACCGAACACCUUUUUUAGUUAUUGCGGGUCUUGCUCUUAUAGCAAUUGCAUUAAUUGUAGCAUGUGUAAUUAUGGUUGCAGUUAGCCUCAAUUCUUAUUGUGGUCGCUGUGAUUAUUCUCUCGGAUACUCUGCAUGGCUUUGUGUUUCUUCUGCGAUCCUUUCGUUGGGAAUCGUUGGCUUGUCUAUUCAUUUGGCAAGAAAGAGUUGCUGUGAUUGCUGA